AUGGGCGACUCUUUUCUUACGUGGGACGCGGCGCAGGUCGGCGCAUUUGUUGCCGCACACUCGGACGCCGACGUUGCUGCUUCUUUCAUCGACAAUGCCAUUGACGGUGCGCUCUUGCCCUUUCUCACGACGGCGCAUCUCCGCGAGCUUGGCGUGCCCACUCUUGGGGCGCGGCUUCGGGUCAAGCGGGCGCUCAACGACCUCAUGGCGGCGCAUUUUGCGUCGGCGCCGCCGCCCGAGGAUUUCCGCCUCGCAGGCAUCAACAUCAACCUGAACUACGUUUCCAUGGAGGCGCUUGCCCUCUGCCUGGUUCUUUUGCGCGACAUGCCGCGCGCCCAAAACUCCGAAGUGGCGCGCCUUGCCGACAGCUUUUCCCGCCUCAAGGCCGACUUGCAUCCGCUCGCGCGCCUUGCCAAGGACGCAAAACCGCUUCCGACCCCCACCUUGGACCCCGGUGUCCUGUCGCCCACCGCGCUGGUGGCUCUGGUUGGUCUGGGCGAGGAUACGCUUCCAGCACGUGCCAACACCAACACAAUAACAAGCUCUAGUUUGGGUCUGAACCCGAACCUUGCCCUCUCUGCUGCGACUGGUAACGUUCUGCUGUUGCUGCCUAGCCCCACAAACCGUUUUUCUUCCGCCUCGGUUCUUUCGAUGGGCGUGGGUAAAGUGGCCGACAUGCGCGGCGGCGCGGCGCGGUACUCGGCGCGCCCGCGCCUUUUGGACGCCGACCUGCCGCCCGCCCAGCCCGCUCUGGCGGGCGCACCUGUUCCUCUGGCCCACACUCCGCAUUCUGCCCACUCCACUCAUACGGCCCCACAUUCAUCCCACCCUUCCCAUUCUUCUCAUUCUCAUUCUUCACAUAGUUCCCAUGCUCCUACACAUGCCGCUGCGCUCGCCGGCCAGCCGCUAAAACAGCUCAAGGCGUCGUCCGACGACACAUGUCUCAAGGUGCUCCAGCACGCAAUGCGGCGCCACCACAUCCCGCGCGAGAAGUGGUCCAAGUAUGUUCUAGUCAUUUGCUACGGUGACAAGGAGCGGAUCCUCAAGCUUACAGAGCGGCCCGUGGGUGUAUUCAAGGAGCUCACGGAGCACGGGAAAAACCCGGCCAUUAUGUUGCGUGAACUUGCUCUGACUCCGACGCAAGAGUACGAGGACUCAAGAAUUGGAGACGAUAUUCCGGGUGGCACGCUUUAA